CCGUCUCAGCGCUAGUAUUGGCCAAGAUGGCUGAAGAAGUGCUCAUGUGUUCGGAACGAGGAGGAGGAGGAAGUGUGUAGUUCAAAAGUUUGAGGAUGUCUCAACGAGGGGGCCCUGGUAGCACCAGGAAAAGGGGUCACCAACAUCAUCCCCGUAACCAAGGCGCUCGAGGGUCAAGGGUCCCGCUCGAACCAACCAACCACCAUCACCUGUCACAGUUGACAGAUGACCUAACCUCAAAGUCGCCCCGUGGGGCAGUCACCACGAAAACAACAAUAACAACAACAACAACAUCAACAACAGCGGCUGUGAUCCCGAGUGCUACAAGCAAAGAGUCCCUGAGUGAUACUAGUAGUAGUAUUAGUAACGUGAUCGUAGAUCUAACGAAUUGUGAUCAGCAGAAGGUGGAUCAGCCGGAAAAAUCAAAGUUAUCUAAAGAUGCGGCAAACAAUAAGUUACGCAGACCGUCCAAGAAAGGCAGCCACGAGUGCAGCAGUUACUGCAACAAGGCUAAUAAUAAGGACGACAUGUCUUUGGUGUUUCGACCCGCUGCGGAGGGCUCGAGCCAAAGCGAUCAGGAGACAGAGGAUCCUGAAACUGAAGAGUUGUCACGGUUGAGGUGCACCUCUGAGAGGACGGAGGUCGUCGCCGAGAGGGAGACCAGGAGGCGGCGGAGAUGCGCAGACUAUCCAGGUCUUGCGUUUGGCAGUUCCAUAUUCAGCUCGGACACCCUGAUGAAGUUCUCAAUUAUCAAGAAUGAGAUACAGAAUAUCAUGAAUACGCAACUCAAGCGGGCCGAAUCCGAAGUUGCCGCCUUGAACCGUCGCAUCCAGCUUUUGGAGGAGGACUUGGAGCGUUCCGAAGAGCGUCUCGCCACCGCCACCGCUAAGUUGGCGGAGGCCUCUCAGGCCGCCGAUGAGAGCGAACGGAUACGCAAAGCGUUAGAGAAUAGGACCAACAUGGAGGACGACCGGGUGGCCAGCCUGGAAGGCCAACUAGCUCAGGCCAAACAAAUUGCAGAGGAGGCCGAUAAAAAAUAUGAAGAGGUCGCCCGUAAAUUGGCCAUGGUUGAAGCUGAUUUAGAAAGAGCAGAAGAACGCGCCGAGGCCGGCGAAAACAAAAUCGUCGAACUUGAGGAGGAACUCCGCGUUGUAGGCAACAACUUGAAAUCCCUCGAAGUCUCUGAAGAGAAGGCCAACCAACGUGAAGAGGAAUACAAGAACCAAAUCAAGAACUUGACCACCCGUCUAAAGGAGGCUGAAGCCCGCGCUGAAUUCGCCGAGCGUUCCGUGCAGAAGCUCCAAAAGGAAGUCGACAGGCUCGAAGACGACCUCGUCGCCGAGAAGGAACGUUACAAGGAGAUUGGAGACGAUUUGGACACCGCCUUCGUCGAACUCAUCUUGUAAACGAACCAAAAAAAAACCAAACCAAACAACACCCACCAUCCUCUUGUUAUAUUUGUCAGACGUGUUCUUUAUUUUCUUUAAUUUAUUUAUAUUUAUUAACCGGCCCAUGACCGUCUCGAUUAGAGAUGAUGCUUGGACUUGAGGGGAAUCCCCGGACAAAGUGACGAUGCACACGAAUGCGCUUGCAAAUGGUUUCUCAGCGACUCAAAAGAACAAAGAACACCACUUUACAAUCACAAAUAAAAAACCCAAGCGAUUCUCUCGUGUCCAGAGAUUCCAAUAACAAAAAAAAAUAUACUUUAAUCAACGUAAUUUUUAAUCCAAAAACUGAUCUAUAUUUUAUGUAAAUACAUAUUUUCAAAGAAUAUAUUCACCAAAAAAAAA